UACACAGAGGAGCUGGGUUGUAAUCUAAAACCUGCAGAAGGCUGCGACUGCCCCAAGCCUUUCACUUACACACACAUACACAUUGAGCAGCAGCCUUUGUUCUACAAUCUGGCACAACUCUGUGCUCACGACAGCACACAACACAGAGAAACCUACACUUUGGAAUUACUAAUUGGAUGAAGCAUCGACUGUGCUUCCCUGUGACCAGGGACUGCAACUGCACUGGUUUACUCGGACAGCAGUGAGGCUUCCAAAAGGACUGAGCUGAUCCAGGCAUAACUCUCGCCAUGCGACUCUUCACUGCUUUGCUGCUGCUGGUCCUGGUGUUUAUAGUGGCUGAGGCACGGCGUGGAAAGAGACUAGGACGAGAAAAAUCUCGGGGCAGAAGCAAGUCGAACUCGGUUAAGCGCUUUGCAGGCAGCUGCAAAGAAUACAUAGAGAAUGGUGAUAAGUUUCUUGACUGCCAGGAAUGCCAUUUGACCGCUGUCCUGCUUGGUUGGCCAGAGGAUAUCGACCACCUUUUACUGGCACAGAACAGGAUAAAAGUGCUGCGAGAUAACACCUUCAGUCAUUUUCGAAACCUAAUGAGUUUGGAUUUGCAGCUGAAUGAGAUUUCACUAAUCGAGGAAGGUGCUUUCAGUGGCCUAAGAAAGCUCACCACUUUACUGCUACAGCACAACCACCUCCAAGUGGUUUCUGAAGCCAUGUUCUUACCCAUGCCUCGACUUAGAUACCUGCGCCUUCAUGACAAUCCAUGGACAUGCAACUGCCAGCUGGACAGUCUGGUUCGCUUCCUGCAGGUGCCAAGCAACCGCUACUUGGGUAACUUUGCAAAAUGUGCAGAGCCCACAAGGUUUUGGGGGAAGCAGCUGAAGACUCUGGAUCCUAAGUUGCUGUGCUUGCCACCCAUGCAGGCACAAAUUCAUCUACCUAGACUGCAUUCUGAUACAACAUUGCUGUGCCACACUCAUGAUUCUCCCAAACCGAUGCUUGACUGCAGGAGCAGAGGGCUGAAGGCUGUGCCACCCGAUAUACCAGAAAACACUGCGAAAAUGGACCUUGCUUUUAACAACAUAACACAGCUGAGGCCUAAAGAGUUUGUAACCAUCAAAGAUUUAAAGCUGUUGAACCUCAGCAGCAACAGUCUGGAGCGUAUUGACACAGCUGCAUUUGCUGGCCUUUUGCACCUAAGAGAGCUGGACCUCUCUAACAACAGCCUGCACUACUUUAAUUAUGGUGUUCUGGAAGACCUUUACUACCUCAGGACACUAUCUUUAGGUGGCAACCCCUGGAUAUGUGAUUAUAAUAUCCACUACCUGAUCUACUGGCUGAAGCACCACCCAGCUGUGGAACACACAGGCCUGGUGUGCAGUGAGCCGGAGGAAUUCCGCGGUUGGCCUGUCGAAAACUAUGUCAAGACCUACAAUGCUGAGUGUCCCAAAGACAAGCAGGUGGACCUGCACAGAGGAACUGGUCCCACAGUCACCACAUCACAAGAACUUAUGGCAGAGAUGGAGGAGGAGCCAGACCUGCUGCCCAGCCCGCUCCGAAAAAAGGGACCCAAUAAGUUUGAGAUUUUUCGUUUGAGUUAAAAAGACCACUCUACUAGAGUUUCCUGAUAAACUGUGAUGUUUUCCUAUAGAACAAUUUUGAUUAGUCUGCACUUCAUCAAAAAAAAAAAAAAAACCUCUUAGAUCCUCUUUAUUGAAGUAACAGAAAUAAUGGCUUUUUGUCUUUGUAUUUUUUUCCAAUUUGUAUAAAAACAUGAACUGCAAUGUAUUUUUCUAUUUCUGAGUAGUUAAUAAAAUAGGACAUUUUUUUCUACUGAGAUAAUAUCCACAAAAUGCAAUUCAGGCUUACAGCAUAACAGCGCACACACUUACACUCAUGCUCAUGUUCACGUGAACCCUUUGAUGUAAGUUCCACAUAAAUGUUUUUAACAAGGAAGUGUAAUGUCCUGCGGGAGUACCUGUUUCUGAGGCCACUGUGGCUAUAUUCCAAACAUU